AUGGCACAUAUAAGCCCCGACCCUUGCUAUUUCCAAAGGAAAGCAAGAGGCUGCACUAUCCCUGUGGGAGCGCUGAGCAGGAAGGCGUGGGGAUCCCAGCCCAUAGCCAUAUCCCUGCAGGCAAGCUGCCGCUCUGGAAAUAAACUUCUGCCCGCUCGCAACUCUCCGGCCGGCUCCUCAGCCCGCACACGAGGCUACGGCGGAGGCGUCGCGGAGCUCCGGCCGCGGGCUGUGACCCGCGGAGGGCAACGGCCACCAGGCGGCCGCUACCGGUCCCGCCGCUCGGGGAAGCGGAGCAGCGGCUCCGGCCCGGAGAACGCUCGCGCUGCCCCCCGCCCCGAGGGGGCUCCGCCGGCGGAGCCGCCUCUCCGCCCCUCUCGGCCGGGAAGCCGGCCGCCGGGAGCGGAGGAGCGGCCAGAGGGAAGAGCAGGCUGCCCCCGGGGCUCCGGCUCCCGGCUCAGGAGCCGACAAAAGGCACCGCGCCGCCCGCCCGCCCCCGUUGCCCCGAGGCCGGGCGCAGUCCGGACAGCGGGCGGCUGCCUCUCCGCGCGGGGCAGUGGCGCUCGGCCGCCGGAGGUCCGAGCCAUUAAAAGCUCCGCGGGGAGGAGGAGGAGAAGAAGGCGGCGGCGGCGGCGGGUGAAGGAGGGCGGCGGGGGGCCGGAGGGAGCAGGGUCGCCAUGUCCGGCUUCCAGCGCGGGGAGCCCACCCGGCCGGGCGCGGAGGAGCGAGGCGGCUGCCGCCCGCGGACCGGGGAAGCGGGAACUGGACGCCGGGCAGCGCGACCGCGCCUCCCCUAACCCUGCCCCCUCCCGGAGGGGGAGCCGCGGGCGGGAGGAGGCGGCCGACAGCCCCCUCCAGCGUUCACAGGCGGCGGAUCGCGGCGGCCGCCCGUCUCGGCGCUACCCGCGGCGGAGGGAGGCGAGCGCCGCCGCCCGGAUACCUGGCGGCCAUCGGGGGCGGGAACGGCGCCCACCGCCGCGCGGGGCACCUCCCGCCUAG